GCUACUCCAAGCGAGGCAUGCAAUGGGCGGCAUUUCUUGAACGAUCAGGAUCUCAAAAUUCGCUUUGCACAUUUUCGGAACAAGGCAAUGAAUUAAAGUAAUAUUAAGUCAAUGGGAUGUGGUGGAAGUAAAGCAGUAGUGAAUCAAAGUCAGCGAAUUCUUAAUGCAAUUGAAGACAAUGGAAAUAAUGUAAGAUUUAGUCCUGAGGGUGCAGAAGAGGGGCAGACAACUAGGCCUAGUCGAAGCAAGGAUCAGUCUGAUAUAAGUGAAAAGGAGUUUAAUUGGCAAGGGAAGAUGGAGAAUAAAAAAGAUGACCAGCGCGUACAAGAUGAAGAAGAUGAUGACAACGAGUCAGAUGAUUAUAUUGAUAUAACGAAACCAAUUGAUCGAAAGCACAGCCGAGAAAAGAUAGAUACGUUGAAAGUUAUUGACUUUGUGAUUGAGGGGCUACAGGCCAUAAAGGAAAUUAAUGAAAUUUCGAUGGACCUCGAUGAUAUGCCUGAAAGUUAUCAAAAGGCAAAAAAAUUGAGGCAGCUUUACUACAAUGCAAGAUACGUCGUUGGUCGAAAUUUCUGUAAAACGUUCCUUGACGACCUUGUACAGAAAGGUGUUUUUGCAUGCAUUGCCAAAGCAAUGAAAAGACUUCAGGCUGCAUGGCCUAAUGUCUUCUUGGAGACGCCAAAUCCAGGGCAGGACUUCAACACUGCGGUUCAAACUGUUGCAUUAUCUGAUUAUGAUCCACCUGAAGGUAUUGUUGUUCAAAUUUGGAUGAAAUUGAGUGGUACAGCUGUAGGGACCACCGAUAUGCAUGAAGGUUGUCGCAUCAAAGCAGGAGAGGAGGCCCUCAUAGAAUAUUAUCUUCAAGACUUUCUUCCAGCUGUAAGCUCACGAAGCUACCCAGGAGUUAAAACUGCACAUGGUGUUAUGAUGCAAAAUGGUGUUAGUGCCUUGUACAACUGUAGUACUUCAUCUGCAAAUGUGGCCUACUUUAAAAAAUUCAAUGGUAUCAAUAAACUGCUUGCAAUUUUCAAUACACCAAGUGAAAGGCUAAACAUGUCUGUUUUAUUUGCCUUGUCAUACUUGAUUGAAGAAAAAGACAAUCAUUUGAUAAUGGCAAAUAAUGAAACUAUUGACAAAGUCAUUGACUACCUCAGUCAUGCAUGCAAAAUGAAAUCUCGCAGAUACAGAGGUCUAAGCUGCUUAGAGCUUGCAAAUGCUCUUGAGAGAGUGGCAGUCAAUGAUGAAAACAAGAAAAUGAUUGGCAGUAGAAAAGGUCUUGAAGCGUUGAUGCAGCUGUUCAACGUUGCAAAGGUUCAGGAGCAACGUAUUGCUGCAGCCAACGCGAUUUGGAUGUUGCUUUUUGAAAAAGAAAAUCAACAAAGAUUCAUGAGUAUGGACGGUGCCUUUGACGCAAUUCUGGCUUACAAGGAUUGUGAAAACAAGGAGUUGCGAAAAGCUGUAACUGGGAUUAUGUGGGAAGUCAAAAUGAAAGAUAAACACAUGGAGGCCAUGGCUGAAACUGCUCGAGACGCAUCUGGCAAUAACAACAACUCUAGCAAACAUGUUAUGAUAAGCUACAACUGGGGCCAGCAGCCACUGAUGCUGAAGCUAAGGGACGCACUGAAAGAGGCUGGAUACAAUGUCUGGAUGGAUGUAGAUAAGAUUGGUGGAUCCACAUUGCAAGCGAUGGCAUCUGCUGUCGAGAAUUCCGCUGUUAUUUUGGUUGGUGUUUCAAGAAAAUACAAGGAUAGUCCGAACUGCAGAUCAGAAGCUGAGUAUGCCUUCCAGUUACGCAAAUCCAUUGUUCCGCUGAUGCUUGAGAAAAAUUACCAACCUGAUGGCUGGCUCGGGUUCAUUGUCGGUGCCAAAUUUUGGAUCGACUUUGCGAACCAGACUAAUUUCAAGAACUCUGUGCAGAAGCUAGUGAAGGAAGUUGGUGGCAAAGGGAAAUAUGGCGAUGACAUUAUUAAGCCUGUAGAUGAAGUUGAUUUAGGAGCCAUACCAAAAGAAAGCAAGACCAAUCGAACGAAAGAAAUCUCAAAAUGGAGCAAUUCAGAUGUAAGAGACUGGGUUAAGCAGAAAUGUCAGCUAGAAAGAUCAAUAAAAGAAUCGAUUUUAGAAAAACUGACAGGCAAAAAAUUAGUUUCGUUGCAUCGACUGCAUGAAGAGGCCCCAGAAUUCUUUUUCAAUACCCUGCGUUCAGAUUUUGGGUUCUGCGAUGUUCUUGAUUUAUUGGAAUUCUGGGACGCUGUGAAGGAGCUUUUAAAUGAAUGAGACCCGUGUGGCACAACGUAAAAUAUAUUUUCCGUCAGUGUCCUCCUCUGCAAUGAAAGUACAAGACACUUUUGCCUACUAUGGGGCAUUUGUUUUUUCAGAGCUAUCACAGAUGUGUCUUUUAUAUAUCAAAGCAACUUUGAUACAAUAUUUAGGUGUCUUAUAUUUGGUAUUAUACAUUUAAUAUCAUAGCAUAUAGAAGCCCUUUGCACUAUUAUACAACUUAAACCAUUAAACUGUUUCCCCUAAAAAGGCUCUUUAGGGACAUAAAGAGCGAGACACAACCAAUAUACCUAUAUGAGAGGCACGUUUUGAACCUUAUCACAUCCAAUUUGUCCAUUCAACUGUCCCAAUGCUUUUAAAACAUUAGUGUAAAUUUCAACAGAACAAAUGACUUGAUGAUCUUGAGUUCAAAUUGCGCUGUAGAGUUUUUAAAAUAUUGCAUGAUAUGAAGCUUACAAAAUACAUAUUUAGGAAUCCGUGAUACCUAUUUAGCAAUCUUUACAGACAGAAAAAGAAGGAAAAACAUUCAUAACACAAUUUUGUCAUGUCUUUAGUAUCAGCAGUUUCUAUACGGAAGUAAAUAACUUUUUAAUGGUUUUUUAGCCUACAAAA